CAGCUCAAAAUUAGAUGAAUACAUUCACGACUUCCAGCCAUUGCAUUUUGACACAAAAAGUCUACAUAGGAAACAUGAAAGAGUGCGAAGAUCUGCAAAUCAACAGUUACAUCUUCAUUUCAAUGCAUACAAUAGAGAUUUCUCUCUACGACUAAAAAGGGAUGUGGAAAUCUUCAGUCCAGACCAUGAAACAGUAGACUCUGAUGGCCGUCUUAUUGCAGUGGACACUUCAUUUAUUUAUUCUGGCCAUAUUUAUUUUAUCCAUGCAGAUAGUCUCAGUUCUUUAUUAUAUAUUUAUAUCUUGUGUGUUCCAAAAAGCAGUGUUCACCUGGCUGUUAUCAAUGGCACAGCUAGAGGCCACAUAUACAUACCUGGUGACACCACAUAUCACAUAGAUCCAGCAGAACAGUAUUUCCAUCAACCAGCUUUCCCUGCAGUUAUCUACCCAGAGUCACGCAUGGAUAAAGACCCAUUCAGAUACAUCAGGGAAAAGGGCGAUAUUGGAUCUUGUGGUGUUGACAGAGUGAAAAAAUGGAUGGACAAUGUGGCAAAAUCUUCAGUAGUUGACAAAGUUCAUAACAGAGAGAAAAGAAUGAGAAGAGAUCCACCACACUCUGAGAAUGAGUCACAGCGCAGCAAAUACUUUGCUCAAACAAAUGAACACCUAAAUGUCUUUUAUCAAGAAAGGAAAAAAAGAGCAUCACUAGGUACAAACAAUACAUGCUUUCUGUAUCUGCGGUCUGAUCCCAUGAUGUGGAACUAUGUUAAAGAAGACAAAUUCAAGCAACGUUUGUCAGAUGAGCGAGCAAAAGAAGAAAUCCUUGCAUUUUUUGCCAGUCAUGUCAGUGCCCUGAAGAACAUAUUCCACCGUACCACGUUUACAACAUACAACAAUGACCUCCGUUACAAUGGAAUCAAUUUUGUUGUGCAGAGAACUAGUAUUAUGACCCCAGAAAACCAGCAUUGUAACACUGCGACAGCCUCCAGCUAUUGUAAUCCCAACAUCGAUGUCAGCAACUUUUUGAAUCUCAACUCCAUGGACAACCAUGAUGAAUUCUGCCUUGCUUAUAUAUUCACACACCGAGACUUUACUAGAGGAACACUCGGCCUGGCCUGGGUGGGAGCUAGAGAAGUGGCUUCUGGUGGGAUUUGUGAGAAACAUAAAAGCUACAUGGAACGAGAUGAAACUGUUCCAAAAAGUUUAAAUACAGGCAUUGUGACCACAGUGAACUAUGGGAAGGCUGUGCCAGUCCGGGUUUCUCAGCUCACAUUUACCCAUGAAGUUGGUCAUAAUUUUGGAUCCCCUCAUGAUCAAGGUGCAGACUGUGCGCCUUUUGGCACAGAGAAAGAAAAUGCACAGGAUGGCAACUACAUCAUGUUUGCAAGUGCAACAAUGGGAGAUCGCCCCAACAAUGAUGAUUUCAGUAUCUGCUCCAAGGACAACAUCACUAGACUUCUCCAUGUGGUUGUUAAUGAACUUAACGGAAAGCGAAACUGUUUCAAGCCCUCCAAGACUGCUUUUUGUGGCAAUGGGAUCAAAGAGGAUGGUGAGGAAUGUGAUUGUGGCUAUGCUCAAGAUUGUGAGGACCGUUGUUGCUAUGGAAGAGACAGCAUAGAAGGACCACAGUGCACUCUGAAGCCAACCUUCAAAUGCAGCCCUACUGCAGGACCCUGUUGCACCUCAGACUGCGAGUUUGUCUCACCCAGUUCACAGACUCAGUGUCUGCCAGCAGAUGACUGCAAGCAGGCAUCAUACUGCAAAUAUCCUUGUACAUACAGAGAAAUCUGGACAUUUUCUGACUGUGUGAACUCUGUAUGUGGACGUAUUGGCUGGGCUGAAUGUUUCCUGACGUCUGAACAUGGAGAUGAUGAUCCUAGCUAUGAGGCUCUAUGCUAUGUUUCUUGUACUAACCCACAGACUGGUAGUUGUGUCAGUUCCUAUGACCAAAGUGCCAUCAACAGACCGGAGAAUACUGAGUUUCGUAAUCUUCUGUUUAACGUCACAAGAAAGCGUGCUGGCAAGAUGGCAGUUGUUGCAGAAGGAAUCCAAUUGCCUGCUGGGUCCCCAUGUGAUAACUUCAGAGGUUACUGUGACGUUUUUCACAAGUGCCGAGGUGUGGAUGCAGAUGGGCCAUUGGCUAGAUUAAAAAAUCUGAUUUUUAACCCAGAGACUUUGGAAAAUAUUCAGCAGUGGAUUGUGAAACACUGGUGGGCUGUUCUACUCAUGGGUAUUGGUCUUGUAGUAGUUAUGGGAGCUUUCAUCAAAAUAUGUGCUGUUCACACUCCAAGUUCAAACCCUCGUAAACCGAAACAUAGGCAGCUAACACUUCCCCGUACACUUCAGCGGCGUCAUCAUAGGCAGCAACAACCAAAUCAGUCAUCUGGACCAAACCAGGGGCGUAGCGGAGGUGCAGGUGGAAGGAGACCAUUAGCCAGAAGUGUUGAGGAGAGAAAACCAACUAACAACAGUGUGCAGAUUGUUCAGGAGCCACCUCCUCCCUACUCCAGUACAGCAGCUCCUCUGACUGCUCUUGAUAUAGUAGCUACUCCAUCCUCAUCGUCAUCACCUUCUGCACCAAUGAUUGAACCAGUACGAGCACCCAAUGUGACGUCCAUACCAGUGGGAGGUCCCAAACGUGGGCACGGUGGCCAGAGAAAUAAAAAUGAAGCUAAAGUAGGAAAAGGCAAGAAGAAAGGAAAAAAUAAUGUAGAAAUGCAGCGAUUAUAA